CUUUGGUAGAGGCUGCUAGGCUGUUUGUUAUUGUAGUACCCUGAAGACUUUAAUGACGGCAGAAUGCAGCAGCCAACGGCACAACAACCACCACCACAAACAACAACAGAUGUCCUGGACCCCACAGCUCAGUAUAUGAAGCGUCGGAGGACAGCGUUAUGGGUGACCAUCUCCCUGUUGUCUCUGUCUGUGGUGGUUCUGGUGGUGGGACUGGUCUCUGCCACCCGUACCGGGAACGUGGCUGUCGCUGGAUACUACCCUGGCAUCACCCUGAGUUUCGGGGCGUUCUUAGGGAUCGUUGGAAUUAAUUUGCUAGAGAAUCGAAGACCCAUGCUCAUGGCAGCCAUCAUCUUCAUCAGUAUGGGAGUCAUCGCUUCCUUCUUCUGUGCCAUCGUGGACGGAAUCAUCGCGGCUGAGUUCAUAGUCACCUGUGACAAACAGCCCAGUUAA